UUCAUUAUCGACAACCAUGGACAAUAAAUGCUCUUUUUUAUAAGUUAUGUAAUUUUAACAUCACCUUGACUUCCUUGUAGCCACGGGAGGCAAGGGCAAACAACGCUUUUUAACAUUCUUUCAGAUGUUUUCGAAAGCAUAUCAUACCCCUAAGUGCUGGUGUCAACACAGAAUUAAAAGAACAAAUUACGAAGCAAUGUUCUUUAUUGGCGUGUUCAUUUUGGCAAUGUUAUGCAUCAGUGAAGAAUCGCCAACAAGUAAACCUAGCACCAAAGUGACUUUCAAGGAUAUAUGCAAUACUAACUGCAUUGCAGUUUAUGAGCAAAAAUGUAAAAAUCUUGUCGAAGAUAUUAACAGUUACUUGAAGUGCCGACAUGACGAAAUACGGUGUAUCAAGAAGAAAAACGCUGAUUGUCAACUCAAUAAAGAAGUAAAAAAACUUCUUCAUUUUCUCAAAACAUUUGGUUGACAUGUUGAUCCGCACAUUUGGCAAAAGAAGAUGAUUUAGUCCAGCACUUUCUCACCAUAUCCAAUGUUUGUAUGCACGGAUUUUGUGUAUUAAAGAUUAAUAAAUAUUAAAAAAAAUAAAAAAGCAACAACAAGAGUUAGUACACUUUUUUCCUUAAGUAUUAAUGCUACUCUUGCAAGUACGAGGAUAUACGCGUGUAUCUAUUGGACUGCCUUUAUCAAAAACAAUUUAUCUUUUUAACAAAUGAUUUCUCAAGUGCUGAUUUUCUUACCCUACGUUUUUCUUUUAUAUAACUUCGUUAUAAAAAGAUCCCAUUGUAAUUAUGUUGGAGCAAGGGACCGAAGGAUAACAGGCAAGGAAUCAAGAUGUUUGUUCAUGGUAGUGAGGUUUUCAAACUAGAGUGUUCCUGAUGAAGAAUGCGCUGUAACAGUUUGAGUUAUUAGAAUUCCCAGUUUUUGGGGAAGUUUAUACGCACCUACUGUUUAUGGUUUGGAGAGAGGAUCACAAUGCUAUAGAGUU